AUGAAAAAAGGAAAUAAGGAGGACUUCAUUGACGUUAUGAAAAAAGGAAAUAAGGAGGACUUCAUCAUCGAUGGAUCAACGUAUUACGUGCACGUGAAGCAAGGUCAAGUAGCCCGUCUUCCAUGCGCCGGCCUACCCGACGUGGUUCCUGGGCCUGCUGAGAUAUGCUUUAUAAAAAGCGGUUCGGACUCUGAUGAAUGUCUAAGCGACAAAGUCGAUUCAAACUAUCUGUCAACAUCCACUGGAAUGCAGAUAUCGGUGGUGCAGCCACACCAUGCCGGUGAAUACUACUGUGUAGUACGGAACGAAUACACGAAACAGACUCGCAGGAGUCCGCGCUAUGUGAAGUUGCGGGUACGUUCAGACUUCAUUUUACUACACAAAGUAACAGGAACACCUCUUAUUGCAGGUGGAUCCAACAGAAAA